AUGGCCAAGACGAAGCCGCAUUCGAAAAAGUCCAGGAAGCAAGACAAGGCUGGCGGCUCGUCGGCCAAGAAAGCCAAAAUGACGCCCGAACAGCUACUCGCGCAGGCCACGACCCUCCUCCACACGAACGAGCCCGAGGAAGCGCUCGUGCAGGCGCGGCGCGCGCUGGCGCAGCUGCAGCCCGCCGCCGACGCGCAACCCUCGCUCGCGGCGCUGCCGGCCUUGAACCUGCUGGGCGAGAUCAACAUUGAGCUCGGCGAUGCCGACACCGCGAGAGACUACUUCACGGUGGCUGUGGCGCUGGACGAGGAGGGCAGGGUGCCCGAGGCGCAGGGUGGUGGCGCGGAGAAGUUCUUGUGGCUGGCGCAGCUCUGCGAGGAGGGCGGCGCUGAGAGCGUGGGCUGGUUUGACAAGGGCGCCGAGAUCUUGAGGAGGGAGAUUGCGGAGGUGGAGGCACAGAGGGAGAGUCCUGAGAGGCAGCUCCUCUUGGAGGAGAAGAAGAAGAAGCUGGCCAAUGCCCUGUGUGGUGUUGUCGAGGUCUACAUGACGGAUCUGUCGUGGGAAGAAGACGCUGAGCAGAGGUGCGAGGCUCUCAUCACCGAGGCGCUGCUCAUUGCACCCAACGUCCCCGAAUCGCUCCAGACGCUCGCGUCGGUCAGGAUAUCACAAUUGAAGCACGACGAGGCUCGCACGGCAUUGAAGAUGAGCAUGGACCUUUGGAAAGAUCUGGAGCCCGCGGACCCCAAGGUGCCCGACUACCCGACGCGGAUUAGUCUUGCGAGACUGCUGAUGGAGGCGGAAAUGGAGGACGAUGCGCUCGAUGUCCUGGAGCGAUUGGUGCUGGAGGACGACUCGAGCGUGGAGGCGUGGUACCUGGGCGGAUGGUGCCUGCACUUGAUGGCGGAGAAGAAGACGGCAGCGGAGCCGGAGGAGGCGGUCCAAGCUCUCAUGAAGGCAAGUCGAGAAUGGCUCACGAACAGCAUGAAGCUGUACCAGAUGCUCGAAUACGAGGACGACCGGCUGAAAGAUCACGCGGUCGAGCUGAUCGAAGGGCUGAACAAGGUGCUUGGCCCGCCGGUGGAAGGCGAGGACGAGGCCGACGACGACGACGACGGCGAGGGCUGGGUGGACGAGGACGCAGCGAGCUCGGACUUGGAGAUGGAGGGGACCUGA